AUGGAACCAGUCAGCUUCGCUGUGGGCAUCAUAGGCCUGGCGGGGCUGUUCAGCACUUGCUUGGAGGCGGUCGAGCGAUUCGAUUCCUAUAAGAACUUUGGACCGGAGUCGAGAUCAAUCGCUGUCCAGUUUAAAGCUCAAAGGUUGCGCUUAGAAAACUGGGGAAAAGCCGCUGGACUGCAAGAGACCGGCCAACUACAAGAAAAGCACAACCGGCUCCUCGACGACCAACGCAUCAAGUCUACCGUAGUGGAACUUCUCUCGGCAAUCGAGGAGAUCUGCCAACAUGAAGAUGAAACUCAUAACGAGCCCAAGUCAGCGACAGAAAGUAAGUCCUUCAGAGAUCAAAUAUGGCCGAAGUCCCACAAAAACACCCAGGAGGGGGUGUCGCGAAGGCAGAAGAUUGGGUGGGCGCUGAAGACCAAGACAAAAAGAAUGUAUCAGGUGGAGCUAUUCACGACCCUCGUCGACACUAUAUAUGGCCUCGUGCCUCUGGACGGAGCACAGGCUCUUGGGGAUGAAAGUGCCGGCCAGGAAAUAGGCGGAGAAGACCCCGAUGCUGCUCUUACCCCCUAUAAGGAGUUUGACAAGGAGGAGUUGAUUGCAGAAUCCCGAAGGCGAUUACACAUGAUUGACAAAGAAUUCGACGAGGGAACCAAGCGCAACGUGCACUCUUGGCUACUUGGAAAUCGCACUUUAAACGAGCUUUAUGAGAUCUCUGUCGACAAGCGCGUGAAAGGCACUUGUGACUGGGUCUUUGACCGAGCCUGGUUCAAGAACUGGGCAUCUCCUGAUUUCUCGUCCGAACUAGCAAAGAUACUCUGGAUCAAUGGCCCUGCUGGGUUUGGAAAGUCGAUUCUCUGUGCCAGAGUGAUCGAGGAGCUGUCUUUAUCGUGGAAGAGCCCAGUGGCUUAUUUCUUUUUUUCCUCGGACUUUGAGAGUAGACGGGAUCCGUUUGUCGCAAUCCGGUCAUGGCUUUCACAACUCAUGUCGAACGAGACCGCUUUCUCAUUGGCCCAUGAGAGAGAGGUAGCCAGUCCAGGACAGAGAGCGUCUAGAAGCGACACCGUGAAGCUUCUUCAUGAUAUUGUUACUAAGAUUCCCUUGUGCACUUUUGUCAUAGAUGGCCUUGAUGAAUGCGGCUGGUCCAGCGAAGAUCUGAAGCUGGACGAGAACGAUUCGGUCUCUAGCUUUCUUGAGACUAUUCGGCGCACGAUCGCAGGAACUCAGACUCGAUUUCUGAUUGUCAGUCGUGAUGAGGCAGAAAUAAGAAACUGCCUCUCCACGAAUAAGUGGAAUGAUGCUGUCUACCAACACAGAAUUCGACCUGAAGAUGUCCGCUCAGAUACUGAGGUGUACUCCAGAAGUAUCGUGAACAAGAAGUUGUCUAAUCGUACUGAGGCGACCAAAGAGGACAUUGCUCUCAAGCUUGCAGAUCGAUGUAAUGGCCAAUUUCUGUGGGUGAAAAUGCAAGAGGAUUUCCUUCGUAGCGGGAAGAGUCAGAAGAAGAUUGAACAAGCGAUCAACUCGACUCCCAUUGGUCUCGAGCAGACCUACGAGCGCAACUGGAUGAAGUUGUCUCGGCUUCCCAGCGAAGAUCGGGACAGAGCCAUAUCGGUACUGCGCUGGACGGCCUUUGCAUUACGCCCUCUGACUGUGAAUGAGUUAACUGGGGCUUUGUUAGUCAAUGAUGACUGUGAUGAGGUGCGGGUGGAUGAUAUGCCGGACGCUAUUGACGAAGACUAUAUAAACACCGAAAUUUUGGAUCUUUGUGGAUCUCUUCUGGAGAUACGAAGCCCCAAAACGGAGUCUCCAGCAGAACUAAGGACUGUUCACCUGGCACAUUUCUCCGUCAAGCAGUAUUUGCUCGCUAAUAUCCCGACACAGGGGAGCUUUCUGCAGCUUAAUUCCACUUUGACUUCUUCUACCGAAGCAGCGGUGAAUACUAUGCUCGCGAAAAUGUGCCUCUGUUAUAUAACUUGCGAAGAGGUCUGGCUGGAAAAAUCUAACCUGGACAACCACCAUAUCCUCACAGCCUUCCGAGAUUAUGCGGCGGGUUCUUGGCAGCGGCAUGCGACGGUUGGUGAUAUUCGAGACGAAGGACUGACAGAGUUGGUCAAUGAACUUUUUGACCCGGAAAACGCUACCUGGGCAUCGUGGAAGAAGUGGUUUGAUGAAAACGAUAAAGAAGGUGGAAUGGGAGAAGCAAAGCCCGGAAGCCGCCCAGAAAAAAGCGAGGAGAAUUCAGAAAGCUCCGAUCAUGAGGACGAUAAGCCUACUCUACCCACCUCGCCUAAAGAAUCGGUUAUAUCGGAUGAUGAUGAUGAAUCCGAGGCUGACGAGGGAGAGCUUCGAAGUACUCAGCUCUAUUAUGCAUCUUGGCUCGGUUUGACGGAUACAGUGAAUGUUUUGAUCGAUCGCCACAGCUACAAUAUUAAUGAGAAGGGGAACCAUGGACGGACCGCUUUGGUGGCAGCUUGCUCAAGGGGACAUCUGGAAAUCGUUCAAAUGCUCCUCGAAAAUGGGGCAGACAUGACCCUCCGAGAUUUUGAUGGACACGACUCGCUAACCACGGCCUCUCUGAACGGACAUCUUGAAAUCGUGAGACUGCUUGUCAAACGAGGUGCGGAUAUUUCAGUUGCUAGCAACCAAGGGGAAACCAGCUUGUACUGCGCUGCGUAUAAAGGCCACUUCGAAAUCCUCAAGCUUCUAAUAGAAAAAGGCGGGGACAUCGAAGGUCACAAUUUUCGCCAUUUGACUCCCCUCAAUGCAGCAUCUGAUGGCGGCCAUUUCGAUGUCGUUAAGCUCCUCGUGCAAAAAGGCGCUGACAUAAAUCGCCCGGAUGACUGUGGAAGAGCACCUGUCUAUUCAGCCUCUUUGAAGGGUCAUGUCGCAAUUGUUCGCCUGCUGCUUGAUAAGGGGGCGGAUCCAAGUAGCAAUGUUCAACGGGGCGGAUGGACGCCUCUGAAUGUUGCCGCAGAUAAUGGGCAUACUGAAGUUGUCAAGCUAUUACUUGAACGAGGAGCCGAUAUGGACGCAAAGGAGGGGAGCACCCAACGCGGGCCACUGUAUUCGGCUUGCGAUAAUGGCCACAUCGAAAUCGUGACGAUGCUUCUUGCAAAAGGCGCAGAUACGGAAGACAGAAUUUUCGGCGGUAUAACAGCGAUUUACGUCUCUGCUGUAAAGGGUCGCACCGAGAUCACCAAGCUUCUUCUUGAGGCUGGAGCCAAGGUGAAUAUCCAGAAUGAGCAUGGGUGGUCACCGUUAAACGCUGCAAGCGAGGGCGGGCAUCUGGACGUGAUCAAGCUUCUUGCCCAGGAGAAUGCAGACAUUGAGCUUGCUAACAAUGAUGGAGUGACACCCAUACACACGGCAUCUAAGUGUGGCCACCUGAAAGUUGUGCAAUUCCUCCUCGAGAAAGGUGUGGACUUCUUGAAGCCGAACAAAGGGGGAUGGACCCCAAUUUGUGUGGCGGCGUCCAACGGGUACCGCGAGAUUGUUCGGGUUCUUCUUGAUGCCGGGGCCGAUUUUGAAAUUGCCGUCAAAGACUCCAUGAUAACCCCGUUGUAUGGAGCUUGCUACGGUGGCCAUACCGAAAUCGCGGCGAUGCUCCUUGCAAAGGGGGCCGAUCCAUCGAAACCCAACAAGAGUGGUUGGACACCAGUCAAUGUGGCAGCCUCCAAUGGGCACCUUGAAAUUGUCAAAAUGCUUCUCAAAAAGGUUUCUAAGGAGGAACUCGCUGUACCAGAUGAAAAAGGGUGGACGCCUGUUAAUGCUGCAACAGGCCGUGGGCAUACGGAGGUUGUCCGGGUUUUGCUCGAAGCAGGAGCAGACUAUGAGGCAAGCAAUUUCCAGAACUCAGCAACGCCGCUUUAUAGUGCCUGCUACCGUGGCAAUAUUGAGAUUGUCAAGCUUCUUCUCGGUCAAGGGGCAGACUAUUCCAAGCCGAACAAGAAUAAUUGGAGUCCGAUCAAUAUCUUGCAUUUGCUGGUUCAGGGGGGUUGGACGCCCGUAAAUGCAGCAUCAGACAGUGGCCACACUGAAAUUGUGCGAAUGUUGCUCGAUGCAGGGGCUGACUACGAGGCUGUCAAUGAAAGUAACAUGACAAGCCUGUACAGCGCGGCGCGGGGAGGUCAUAUAGAUAUCUCCAAGAUGAUCCUAGAAAAGAAGCCAAGGCUCAAUAUACAGGACAAAAAUGGCUGGACCCCGCUAAGUAUCGCAGCUGCCAACGGACAUACCGAGAUUGUCAAAAUGCUCCUCGACAAGGGGGCGGAUACUUCCUUGCAGACCACGACUGGGACAACUGCGUUGACAGCAGCAUCCGAGAACGGGCAUUUCCAGAUUGUCAAGUUACUUGUCGCGCACGGCGCUGACAUAGAGCAGACAAACAACACUGAUAUGACCCCAUUGUACAGUGCUGCCUACAACGGGCACACGGAGAUUGUCAGGCUACUCCUCAAGAAAGGAGCAAAUUACAUGAAGCCAAACAAGAAUGGAUGGACGCCAGUUUGCACUGCUUCGUCGAACGGGCAUACCCAAGUCAUUCGGCUAUUGAUGGACCAGAACCCUCCGCCCGACCUGGUCACUGCGGAUACUCUGAACGGAUGGACCCCUCUAAACGCGGCGUCGGAUCAUCUUCACUAUGAUUCUGUGAAGCUUUUGCUCAGCAAAGGCGCGGCGAAAACUCUCAACAUAACCAAUAACAAUUCAAUGACUCCGCUAUGUUCCGCAGCCGGCAGAGGCUCUUACAGAAUGGCGAAGAUACUCCUCGAAAAUGGUGAAGUUGAAGCAGAUCUGGAGCUCUCAAACAAUGAUGGGAUGACGCCCUUGUACCUCGCCGCCCUGAAAGGAAAGACAAAGCUCCUCCGGUUGCUGAUCGAGAAAGGAGGCAAUAUCAACACUCAAAAGAAGCACGGCUGGACACCAAUCAAUGCUGCAUCACUGAGGGGACAUCUCGAAGCCGUCCGGUUGCUUCUCGCCUGUGGCGCUGAUAUCACGACACCUGACGAGACUGGGAUGUCGCCGCUCUACAAUGCCUGUGCGAAUGGCCACACAGAGAUUGCUCGACUACUUCUCGAAAAGGGUGCUGAUCCCAACAUGACGACCAACAAUGGAUGGAAAGCCCUCAACACGGCUACAGACGAAGGACAUGUCGAAGUAGUCAAGAUUUUACUCGAGCAUGAUGCUGACGUUUUGAAGCCCGAUGGGGCGGGCAUGGAGCCAUUUUACUGCGCCGCUCUUGAGGGAAACCUCGAACUCAUGAAGAUUUUCUAUGAAAAGGGUGGAGACGUCAAUGAAACAGGGCAGACAGAUGGGUGGUCAGCCAUCAGUGCGGCAGGGUCCAAUGGUCACAUAGAUGCUGUCAAGUUCCUUUUAGACAAGGGUGCGGAUCUUUCGACCAGGAACGCCAGGAAGCGGACAGCCCUGCAUACUGCGGCUCUCAACGGCCAUGUAGGAGUGGUCAACACCCUGAUCGAAUCUCAGAAGGUCAAUCUCGAUGAUACAGAUGAUUCGUGCCGAUCGGCUCUAGCACUUGCCGCUCUGCGUGGCUAUUCGGAAACCGUGAAGGCUUUGACCUCUAAGGGUGCUUCGAUAGACCUCAAAGACAUAUGGGGCUCUACUGCGCUCCACGUGGCUGUUAGGAACGGCCAUUUCGAUGUCAUCGAGCAUCUCUUAUCACUGACAGCGCCAGAACAAUUGAGUCUUGAAGAUGGCUGGGGACGUGACUUGGUAUGGUGGGCUUUGGGAAGCAACAACGAUCAGGUCGUCAAAUUGGUACGUGAAUAUCUUCAAGAGCGGAAAAUUACAGUGCCACACAAAAGCGAGGGGAGGAAGUGUUAUCCAGUCACCUUUGACAGUAAAGGGAGCUGGUGUGACUCUUGCGGCCGAUGUAUACCGAAGGCGGACCCGUGGCACAAAUGCGAUUCCUGUUAUGGCUUCGAUAUCUGCGAGCAGUGUUUUUCCUUUGGUCCGAAGUGCCCUGGCGAUUCACACGAGUGGACUAGGUGCGAACCAGAGACAGAGCCAGAAGGAAAUGAAGAGGAGAAAGAGGAGAAGAACAAGGAGAAACAGGAAACGAACAGUUGA